AUGGCAUCAUCUCCAAAUCCUACUGAUCAGAACUUCAUUGUAGUGGAUUUCCACUACAAUGGUCAGUUUGCACCCAAUCCCUUAGUUUACUUUGAUCCCAACAGAGCAUCAGUGCGAGAUGUUGACUUCAGUGGGUUUGGGUAUGAGCAAUUCAUGGAAUUCCUUCACAAGCUCACCAACUCGAGAAGCAAAGACAUCUAUUUCUGCCUUCCACAAGAGUCUUUAGGUCUUGGAAUUCAUACACUGGUGAACAACGGUGAUUACAAGGAAUUUUUGGAUUUGGCGUAUGCUAAUGACAAGAGAAUGAAUGUAUAUGUGGAUCACCAUAAUGAACCUAUCUUCGACUGGAUUGAGGCUGAGGAAAGUGAAAGUGAAAACGAAGACUUAGAUGAAGAUGAGGAUUCAGUUAUUCAAGAUUCAUAUUCUGUUGAUCAUGAAGAAGAUGAUGCUACCUAUCCAUUUCCAGCAAACAAAACUGCACGUGAUAGAUUUUUAAACAUCCUUUGUGAACCUAUAGAGAGUGAAGAUCAAGAUGAUGAAUACGUGCCACCCCAGUACCCUGUGUAUGAUGAGAGACAGCCAUGGGAUCAGAUGAAACCAAUUAUAGUUAGAGGAGAAGUUAUUUCAGCUGUUGGGAGAGAUGCAAACAACCACAUCUACCCUUUAGCAUGGGCUGUGGUAUGUGUUGAGAAUAAAGAAACAUGGAAGUGGUUCAUAGAUUUGCUUAUGGAUGACAUUAAUGGUGGUCUUGGUGCAGGCAUUACCCUUCUUUCUGAUGGACACAAGGGGUUAUUACAAGCAGUUAAGGAAAGAUGUCCAGAAGCUGAACAUAGACAAUGUGCUAGACACAUUCUGGCCAAUUUUAAUAAAAGGUUUACUGGUCAACAAUACAUAAAGUUAUUUUGGAGGGCUGUAAGGGCUAGUACUGUGGAGAAGUUCAGAGGUGUAAUGGAGAACAUCAAAUCUAUUGAUACUCAUGCUUAUGAUUACCUUAUAGACAGAGAUCCUACUACCUGGUCUAAGGCAUUUUUCAAGAAGGAAGAGACUGUGAUGCAGUGGAGAAUGGGGAUAUACACUCAAAGAGUUGAAGGAAUGGAAUGGGAUUUGCUUAUAUGUCCAACUAUUAGGAAGCGUAUAGAACAUCUGAAGGUUAAACAGAGAUUGUGGGGAGUUACUCCUUGUGGUUAUCAAAAGUAUGAGGUUAGAUUCACUGAUGUUGCAUAUGGAGUGGAUCUAAUUGCAAAGAAGUGUGCCUGUAGAAUAUGGCAACUUACAGGGAUACCAUGCUUACAUGGAGUGGCAGCAAUAUCUUACUUAAAUCAUGAUGCUGAGGCAUAUGUGUCCCAAUCAUACACUACUGAGGCUUACCUAAAAUGCUACAAAUAUAGCAUUAAUCCUCUCAAUAGUAGUGAAAUGUGGCCAGAUGUUCCAUACCAUAAGCCUUUGCCUCCCAAAAGAAGAAGAUUACCUGGUAGGCCAUCUGUGAAAAGGAAGAGGGAUGCAAUUGAACGAGAGUUGAGUGGAUCAAGUAGACAAACUGUCUCAAGAAGGGGUAGCAUAAUAAAGUGUGGUAUUUGUAAGGAACCAGGUCACAACAAGAAAAAGUGUCCAUCUAACCAACAAAGCAAUACAUCAGUACCAAGUUCAUCCAGGGGCAGUGGAGCAGACCCAAGUUUAUCCAGGGGCAAUGAAGGACCACCACCUCCUCCACCACCACCUGCAGCCCAACAACCUCCUCCACCACCACCUGCAGCCCAACAAUCUCCUCCACCACCACCUGCAGCCCAACAACCUCCUCCACCACCACCUGCCCCCAUGCCAAGAAGAAGGGUCCCAGUUAGUAGAAGUGGAAGGAGGAAAUAUUCUGAACGGAUUAUCAAACAAGCAUUAAGGAGGCAGAUACCUGGGGUUGGGAGCAAUGCAGAUAACCCUUCAGUUAUUGAUUAA